CCCGGCAGAAGGCCCUCACCUCACGAGGAACAUGAGGUGCCUUGCCGGGCGCGCAGGCCACUCCCGGGUCACUCAAGAUUCCAAAUUCUCCCCCAAGAUGCCUUCAGACGCUGAGUGGUACAAGGGCCUCCCCAGGGACUGGCUGCAAAGCCUCCUGCUCGGCUUGGGAGGGCACCAGCUCCCCACUGUUUACUCUUGUUCCUGAGAGGCCAGAGGGAGGGGCCAGCCAGGGAGUGGCCAGAGGGACAGAAGGGGUGGCCUUCCUGUGGGCAGGGUAGGUGCCCCAGACCUGAGAGCACCGCAGGACUCCCCUCCACAGGCUCAGGUGGCGCCUCCCCAGGGUCCUCCCGGCCAGGGAGGCAGAGAGCUGACUUCCUUCUUCAGCUCCCAACUCAGGCCCAGCCCACAGCAUGGGAGUAGGGGAGAGGGAGAGGAGGGGGAAGGAAGAAGAAGGAGGAGGAGAGAGGGAGUUCAUCCCGUCCCCGAGCAGCCCUCUCAGGGCAGAGGUGAGGCACCGGGACAUGAAGUUGGAGGACAAGUUCCCACGCAGGGCUUCCUCGGGCUCCCCCUCGCGACUGUAAUUUGACACUUGGAUCUCCAGGACGACCAACAACAAAAAAGCCAGGCAGAGACAGCAGCUGGCUGUCAGCAGAGGGGCUGGGCUGAGGCGCCCAGGGGAGCUGCGGCACCCACGGAGGAAGUACGAGGACAGCACGUGGAGGCUCUGCGCUGGGGCACUGCUGCUCAGCCCCCGACACCUGAGCUCCCAGUUGCUUCUUUGAGUCAGGGUGCAGCUCUGGUCACCUGGCGGCCUCUUCAGCUCAGCCUCCCGCAAAGUGUGAGCCUGAGGACCACCCUGAAUUGCCCUUGUAGGACCCAGAAUAGGUACCAGCAGAAUCGGGUAAUGGCUCCCUCCUCCUUCACCUGGGCUGCCCUCACCUGGCUAUGGGCUUGCAGUCUGUGAUAAGGAGCUCCACUUCUAGAAGACUGAUUCUCAUGGACCAACUGGUGUUCAAAGAGACAAUCUGGAAUGAUGCAUUCGGGCAGAACCCCUGGGACCAGGGGGGCCUGGCAGUGAUUAUCUUAUUCAUCACCGCUGUCCUGCUUCUCAUCUUAUUUGCCAUCGUGUUUGGUUUACUCACUUCCACAGAAAACACUCAGCAUGAAGAGGGUGAAGAGGAGUGACCUGACUUCCUGGGGACUGAGAUGGCAGCAGGGGAGGCAAGCUGACCUGCCCCAUUCUGGUGGUGGCCCCUCCACGGUCCCCUCUGGCUCAGGGGCCAGGCCAUGGUGUCUUCCUUUCCCACCAGGAAAGAGUCUAGUAAAAUAUUCCAUCUGGCUUAGGGUUGGUCAGACUAGUAAGAUGGGGAAGCUGGUCUGAGACCAAUUCUGGCUCCUUGAUCCUAUUGGUUUUCGGGUUCCCCGACCAGAACCCUAAAAGCACAUGGAGAGGACGGCUCCGCUGCCUCAGGUGGAAGGAGCGAUGGCUAACAAGGUUCUCUAACUGGCUCACAGGCCCAGCCAGCAAUUUCACAAAUCCUUGACAGAGAAAGACACAACCAAAUGAAGUAAAAAUUCCUUUACAAAUCUGCUAA